AUCAAACAACAACAGUGCAUGGGGAACAGAUCAAUUAAUUCAAUGGGUUUAUUUCACUGAGAUUGGGCCUGUACAAUUUCCUCUCACCUCAAAAUCCAACUAUUUUGAACAAAAGGAGUAUCAACAUUUUCACCACCUUCAGCCAAUUAUACCAUGUAGAGGAGAUAAAGUUCACAAGCAAAUAAAAAGUGAAAAUGGGCUGUAACUGCAGCACUGACUAUGAUGAUGACAAUUGGAUCGAGGAUAUGUGUGAACAAUGCAGACUGGAAUAUGAACGAGAACAGAAGCAAUACCAGCAACAAAACUAUCCAGAAAUUCAUGAUCCCCUGGUGAAUUAUGACGUUCAUUCUCCACCAUCUUCUCCCUUUGUAGGUGAUGAUAUAUUUGUUGCCUUGUACAACUACGAACGAACCCAUGAGGAUGAUCUUGAUUUCAAGGAAGGUGAUCAGCUGAGAGUUCUAAAACGGGAGGGAGACUGGUGGAAAGCACAAUCUUUAGAGACAGGACAAGAAGGCUACAUCCCAUACAAUUUUGUGGCACGGGCACAAUCACUGGAGAUUGAAACAUGGUUCUUUAAAGACUUAAGCCGGAAAGAGGCUGAGCGACAACUUCUAACAGCCGGCAAUACCGUCGGUUCCUACCUGAUUCGAGAGAGUGAAACCACCAAAGGUUCUUAUUCAUUGUCUGUAAGGGACUUUGAUUCACAACAAGGAGACGUGGUAAAGCACUAUAAGAUUCGUUCUUUAGACAAAGGAGGCUAUUACAUCUCACCCCGGAUAACCUUCAAUACUCUUCACGAGCUGGUGAAACAUUACUCGUACACCACGGAUGGUUUAUGUCAGUGCUUGAAGAAACCAUGUCAGACUCAAAGGCCACAGAAGCCAUGGUGGCAUGAUGAAUGGGAGGUCUCCCGGGAGUCGCUGAAAAUGGUGGAGAAGUUGGGAUCCGGGCAGUUUGGAGAUGUUUGGAUGGGUUAUUAUAACAACUACACCAAGGUUGCCAUUAAAUGUUUGAAGACUGGAACCAUGUCUCCUGAGGCUUUCUUAGCAGAAGCCAAUCUGAUGAAGACUCUGCAACAUCGCAAGCUGGUGAAACUCAACGCUGUGGUCACUGAGGAACCAAUUUUAAUCAUCACAGAGUAUAUGGCAAACGGUAGCCUAGUUGAUUUUCUGAAGACCCCUGUAGGAUCAAAACUCAGCAUAAUAAAGCUCAUUGAUAUGGCAGCACAGAUUGCUGAGGGAAUGGCCUUUAUUGAAAGAAAAAAUUAUAUCCAUCGAGAUCUUCGUGCAGCGAAUAUCCUGGUUUCUGAAGAACUCUACUGCAAGAUUGCUGACUUUGGUCUGGCCCGUCUUAUUGAAGACAAUGAGUAUACAGCAAGGGAAGGAGCUAAGUUCCCCAUCAAGUGGACAGCACCAGAAGCCAUCAACUAUGGCACAUUCACCAUCAAGUCUGAUGUCUGGAGUUUUGGAGUGUUACUUACAGAAAUUGUGACAUACGGACGGAUUCCAUAUCCAGGAAUGACCAACCCUGAAGUCAUUCAGAAUUUGGAACGGGGCUAUCGAAUGCCAGCCCCUGAAAACUGCACAGAAGAACUCUAUGAAGUAAUGCUGCGUUGUUGGGGAGAGAAACCUGAAGAUCGGCCAACUUUUGAAUAUCUGCAAAGUGUAUUGGAAGACUUCUUCACAGCCACUGAAGCUCAAUACCAACAACAGCCUUAGCAGUGCCUCAUGCCUUGAUGGUAUAAACAUUACUGAGGAUUAGAAACUCUGAAAAAUAUUGUCUCUGGAAUUGGGUAACAUGAGAUAGAAAAAAAUCAGUUCACAAUUUGGUUGCUCAACUGCAAGGCAGCUUGGGUAAUCAGUUUAUCUGGAGGGAUAAUUGCCUACAGCUUGGAUAUUGUUCCUCAUCUUACCAUAGACGUGGAGAAAAUAAUUAGGAGCUGAUUUUUUUUUCAUUGAGGUAGGCGGUUGAAAUGUCUUCAUAUCUGCUCCCAACUUGGGUAGAUAUAUUUGCCAGGUCUGCAGUAGAUAUUCCAUUUGUAAUAGAUAAACAAGAUUUCUGACACUCUUUUAAUUCUUCUGUGAGAUGUGGGUUUUGCUUGCUGGGGCAGUAUUUAUUACCCAUUCUUUCCUUUCCCUGGAGAAAAUGGUGCUCAGCUGUCCUUGUCAUUUACUGCAGUCUAUUUGGUAACUAAGUCUGUUCAUUUGGUGGUCAAAUCUGUUCAUUUGGUGGCCAAAAGCAGUUCUGAGGGGACUCCUGGUCAUUAUCUCAUUAAUUAAUUUUAUCAGGAGCACCAGCUUGGACCCAUUUAAAAGACUUGUUCGAGAGCUCCUUUGCAUAUUUUUCAUUGAACAAUCUCAAGAGCAAUAAUCUAUCAAACACAAUCCGAAUGUUGGUUAAUUGCAUGAAACUUGCCUUGUGCUUAAUCCACAUCCUGGUAAAUAUUAAGCUCCUUUUGCAGGCUAUCUGUUAGCUAAAAGGUAUGCUGCAAAGGAUUUAGCAGCCAAGUGUCUGACUUGGAUUUUCCAAAUGAAGUACUUAACUUUUAUUGCAAUUACUUUAAGGGUCUAACAAUUGUUCUGUCAUCCAAUUGCUUUCAGGCAUUGUCCCACCUUCAUUGAGAAUCACUGUAGAUACUGAAAGGAAAAUCAAAUUAUUCAAAAUAUUCUCUUAUGUUCUGAAGGCCCUGGUUCAGCAUUUUUUUAACUUAAUGUAGCAUUCUGUAUGAAUGAAAUCUUUCAACUGAAAUAUUUAUGCUACAUCAUCUUAGAUGUUUUAUGAUUGUUCUUUUGAAAUAAUGUUUAUGUUUUUAUUUUUGUUGGUCUUUUAGAAUCAGUUAAUAUCUAAUAAUAGGCUGCCACAUGCAGUAUCUGUCCAGACUGUUCCCAACCAGCCCAGUAGAGAGAACAGCCUUCAAACAUUCCAAUACAGACCCAGAGUCAACUGGUUAGGUAGAAGGACAGAAAUCUCUAUGGAAGUUAUGCCACCUCUUCUUCUAUAUUCUUCAAUGAGUGAUAUCGGCAUUGUUAGUAAAGCCAGUAUUUCGCUUUUUCCUUGAGAAGGUGGUGCUGAGUUUACUUUUGAACCACUGUAGACUAUGUAAGAUAGGGACACCCACUGUGCUGCUAGGAAUUGAGCUACAGAGAGAGACUGAAUAGACUGGGACCACUUUCCCAGGAGCUGAAGGGGGACAUUAUAGAAGUUUAUAAAAUCAUGAGGGGCAUGGAUAGGGUGAAUAGCCAAGGUCAUUUCCUCAGGGUAGGGAAGUCAAAACUAGAGGGCAUAGGUUUAGGGUAAAGGCUAAAGAAUUAAAAGAGACCUGAGGAGCAACUUUUUCAUGUGGACAGUGGUGCGUGUAUGGAAUGAGCUGCCAGAGGAGUGGUGGAGGCCAGUACAAUAACAACAUUUAAAAGACAUGUGGCUGGGUAUAUGAAUUGGAAGGGUUUAGAGUGAUUUGGGCCAAAUGCUGGCAAAUGGGGCUAGAUUAAUUCAGGAUAUCUGGUCGGCAUAGAUGAGUUUGACCGAAGGAUCUGUUUCCAUGUUGUAUAUCUCUAUGACUUGAUGAAAGGAGUUCAGAAUUUUGCCCCAGAAAGCAUUUAGGAAUGGUGGUCUGGUUCAAAGUCAGGAUUGUGUGUGACUUAGAAGGGAACAUGCAGAUGGUAGUGUUUCCAUGCAAGUCCUUCUAGAUGUUCAAGGUCCCAGUCCAGGAAAGUACCACUGAAGGAACUGCAGUGAGUUGCUUCAUUGUAUUUUGUAAUGGUGCACACUGCUGCUGAUGUGUAUUGGUGGUGGAAGGAGUGUAUGUUGAAGGUGCUGGAUGGAGGACCGAUCUAAUGGGCAUGAUAUGGAAGAGCUGGUGUUGGACUGGGGUGGACAAAGAUAAAAAUCACACACCAGAUUAUAGUCCAACAGGUUUAUUUGGAGGGACCAGCUUUCCAAGCACUGCUUCUUCGUCAGAGUGGUUGAUGAUGAAGAUGAUGAUGAAGAAGCAACACUUCAAAAGCUAAUGCCUCCAAAUAAACCUGUUGGACAUUUAACCUGGUGUGGUGUGUUUUUUAACUUGAUCUAAUGGGCUGCUCCUUCCUGGGUAGUGCCAAGUUUCAUGCAUCUUUUAAUGCUGCACCCGUCCAGCUGAGUGAAUUGUUCUGGUUUCACCUCCUUGAUAUGAAUCUUUCUCUCCACGUGACCUGAAAGCUGAAUCAACCCCUGAUGGUUAAAAGAAAAUUGCAGCUUCUAUUAUUUUGGAGAUGUAUUAGGACUGAGAUGAAUAAUGUGACAAUAUAUUAUAAGCAAUCCCUUUUUGAAAACAGACAGGGUCAGAAGUCACAAGCGCUGCUCCAAAAGCUUGUGAUUUCAAAUAAGCCUUUUGGACUAUAACCUAUGACUUCUGACCCUGUCCACCCCAGUCCAACACUGGCACCUCCACAUCAUAAGAACAGACUGGAUUAAUUUGUCAUGUUGUAUUCCACACAACACAAAACUUCUUCAUCUUUUACACGAAAUGACAGAUGUAGUGAUAACUUUGUUUUCAAUGCAAGUAAAGUGAACGGAAAUUAAUUGGGGGAAAAAUUUCAUGGAGAGCAGGAAAAUACGUUUGCUCGAUAAUUGAGAUUUAUGUUCACUUGUGUUUUGUGAAGUGAAACUGAUACAGCCUUCUCUUGGAAAAACUAUCUUCUAUUACCUCACAAUUAAACGUCACUGUGGCUGAUGUCAAUCGAUGAGGGAUCCCGCAGUGCUUUUCCAGUUAAUUGAGGUUUGCUGAGAACCAGUGCUUUCACAGCUGAAGUGGAGAGGAAAGUUUCUUUAAACAUCAUUGUGCUGAUUGGAUAAUGGGUAUUCCUGUGUUUUAUUUUGUUCAUUCACGGGACAAGGGCAUUACUGGUGAGGCCAGCAUUUAUUGCCCAUCCCAGAGGGCAGUUAAGAGUCAACCAUAUUGCUGUGGGUCUGGAGUCACAUGUAGGUCAGACCAGGAAAGGAUGACAGAUUCCUUCCCUAAAGGACAUUAGUGAACCAGAGGGGGGUUUUCCAAUUAUCGACGAUGGAUUCAUGGUCAUCACUCGACUCUUAAUUCCAGCUUUUUAUUCAAUUCAAAUUCCACAAUCUGCCAUGGUGGGAUUCGAACCUGGGUCCCCAGAACAUUUCCUGAGUCUCUGGAUUGAUAGUCCAGCGAUAAUACCACUAGACUAUCACAUCUCCUUUUGUCUCUUGUAUGAGAGCAAAUUUUUUAAAAUGAAUUAAAAUAUUGACUUUCUGAACACAAAUCCAAAUUCAUUGAACUGCUUUUUAAGGCAAAAAGUUAUUUUGUGCAAUUUAUACAUUCAUUAAAAAAAUAUAGAUAUAGUUCA